AUUUGUUUGGGUUCCCUAAGGAUUCACAAUGCACUUAAAGGAAUUCCAGAUGACCGUGAUGGUCUGUUCGAUACCAUUCAACGAUCCAAGAACCAUUAUCAAAAAAGGGCUUACCAGUGUAUAAAGUGUAUGGUGGCUCUCUUCAGCAACUGUCCUGUGGCAUAUCAAAUUUUACAGAGUAAUGGAGAUUUGAAGAGAAAAUGGACCUGGGCAGUAGAGUGGCUUGGAGAUGAGCUGGAACGUAGGCCUUAUACUGGCAACCCGCAGUAUACAUACAACAACUGGUCUCCACCAGUGCAGAGUAAUGAAACAUCAAAUGGUUACUUUCUGGAGAGAUCCCACAGUGCAAGAAUGACUCUUGCAAAGGCUUGUGAACUGUGCCCAGAAGAGGAACCAGAUGAUCCAGAUGCUCCUGAUGAGCAUGAAUCUUCUCCACCAGAAGAUGCCCCAUUGUAUCCCCAUUCACCUGGUUCCCAAUAUCAGCAGAAUAACCAUGUGCAUGGACAACCGUAUACGGGCCCUGCAGCACACCAUAUGAACAACCCUCAGCGAACUGGCCAACGAGCACAAGAAAAUUAUGAAGGCAGUGAAGAAGUUUCACCACCUCAGACAAAAGAAUAGUGAAAAUGCACAUAAUUAACUUGCUCCAUCAAGACUGUGCACCCAGGCCUUACAGUCCAACUUUUCUCUGUGUCUGGCUGAUAUUUAGAAAAACUAUUCCUAAUCAACAUGGAGUGAAGAGUCUAUUCACUGUCUUAUCUGCAGAAAAUUGCUGUCAAUAUAUAACCUGCCUGCAGUGGAAAGUGUAUAGUGUUUUGUAAUAAAUGGCCUGAUGCUAAUGUGUAAAUGGCAAAGGUGUAUAUAGUAUAUUAAUGUUUGACUGUUAAUUCUUAAACAAGAAACUUUUUUUUUUGUCUUGAAUGAGACUCACAGAUCUACAACAAUUAAUUUCUUGAUAUAUCUGCUGCGCUCUACAACCAGUGUUGCCUGCCUAAUGGCAGUUAGAUCAACUCCUUACCCUUGCCCCGCCCAAAAAAUAAGCCUCUCCAUGUCAACCAGAAAAAUACUUUCAUGUAAUUCUUUGCCACUGGAGUCAAUUUUACUAUGAGCAUCAUAAUGACUGGUAACCUUUUAAUUCUUUGGUUGAUGUGGAAAAUUGGUGAUAUAACCUUGUUUCUAGGUCUUUUUCCAUUGCCUUUUCCAUUCUGGUAUUAAGUUAAUCACUUCGAAGCUAUAGUUAAGCUGUAACAUUUAGCAUGGCUUCACACCAAGUUAGAGUAGCCAGUGAGGAAAGAAAAAUGCAGUUGUCCAAAAUGACAACUGCUGUUUAAACCCUUUUUCUUCAGACGCCUGGGUUAUAAAACAAGAAGGGAGGGUUGGGCAAAGUGGCCGAUGGUUUUCAGUUGCACAUAUGUUCCUCACAUCUGAUGUUUGACAGUUCUGUCUCUGGAUGGGGUAAAAAAAUACUUAGUUUUCAGUAAUAGGAAAUUAAAAGAUUUAAAACAAAUAUGCAAAUUUUGCUAUGCCAGGAUGCCUGGAGCAUAACAGACUGUAUUUGGUGUGCUUGUUUUGUUUCUUCAGUAGAGCUUAUUUGAUAAAACUUCUAAUACUUUCCUUUAUACUGCAUUGCAGUGAAGUGGAAGUCAACAAAAUCACACAAUACUUGUGAGUGCCACUGCACCAAGUUAACUUGCUGAUUUUCUGCUCAUGCACAAUUCUACUUGAAAGCAAGAAUUGUCUUAGCUCUAUAUCCAUUAUAAGAGAAAUCUUAACCUUAGGAGCAGGGUUUGAUUAUUAAAGUAAAUAAACUACUGGUUAGUCAAAUAUAAACCUGAGGUAUCUCUAUUCCAGAGUAAACAUUUGUUUAAAGACUUCAAGGAACUCAUCAGUAAAUACUGUAUUUAAAUUAAAAAUUGGUAACUUGAAUGUGUGUAAUUAUUUUGGAACCUGUCAAAAAACCAAAUACCCCCUGCAAACAGAUACAGCCCACCCUAUACUAUUUAAAUAUUUGCUGUUUUAUUUUAUAGAAAUUAUUUUGCUGAAUUCACAAAUAGAAUUUGAUUUAAGAAGACCAUUUUUGUCCUGUGGUAUGUGUGUGUGGUUUUUUUAAAACAGACUGCACAGGUAGUUGAAUUCUGUGCACUAUGCUGAAUUCUGGAACAAAAGUCACAGUGAGAUUUGGUGGACAGAAAUUUGACCCUUGACAAAGAAUAAAAAAAGAAAACUGUCAUAGUUUCUUAAUGUGACUAUCUUGUACUUUUUGUAUGUUUUAUAUAUACAUAUAUAUUUAAUGAGCACAAGCUUUCUGGUAUUUUUACUGAGUUAAUACAAACAACGCUGCUUAUCAAACUUAGGAUUUAUAGUUGAAAUGAGCAAAACAAAAUCACAAAUUUCUUUUGCAUUUAGUGUAACUAGUCUUAACACAUUUUUAUUCUAUGUAGCAGUGUUCACGUCACCCAGGUUUGCUCUAAUAUACUUGUUAUGUUUUAAUAGCAUUUUUUGGAUUGGUUAACAACAUUUGAGUGAAGCUUUACCCAUCUAUUUGGAUAAAUUUAAUACUAGCUUAAACAAAAUAAUAUCCUGAUUUUAUAUUAGAACCUCAAGCAUUCAUAUUCCCUUGGUCCAGUGAUUAUUGUUAAACAAGGUGUUUCAAAGACUCUCUUCGCCUACCAAAAGAAGGCAGUUAUUACUUCAGCCUUGGGGGGGGGGAAGCAAGUGU